UAAUAAUUGUGGCAGCAAAUUGAUUACUUCGUCAGCGACUUUUAUUUAUUUAAUUGACCAAUGUGCAUCGACGUUAUCACCACCAUCUUCUUGUCCUGGCCGGUUUUUGGCGUUUACCGGCGUUAAUUCCUUCCCCAGUCACCACCUCUCCUACCUUCUUCUUCUUCUUCUUCUUCUUCUUCUACCAAAACGAAACAGCAAUCUUCUUCUCCGGAGAGUAAAAAGGAAAAUGUCAGUCAUUUACUUUGCUUCCUCCAGAUUUUUUACCACCUUGCUCCUACCACGACCUCCAUUAAAUUAAAGCCACACCAACUACUCUCUCUGAUUCUCGAGAGUCCUCCUUUGAGACGAAAUUCCCCACUCCGUCUCUGUCUUCUACCUAAUUAAUAAGAAAGGGGAAGAGGUAGGGAGCCGUUAAUUAUCUCUCUGUUGUAUCUCUGGCAGUGUGCCAGCGAAAUAUAUUCAAGUCUUUCUUCUCGUCUCGGCCGGCCAAGGGAAAAGCCAUAACUGAUAUCUUCCUCCUCUGCGUUUCUUGUUUGACUCUCUCUCUCUCUCUCUCUCUCUAUACCCCAUAUGUCCAAACUUCUAUUUGUUCUCCACUUGCUGUUUCUUUAUUGAAAUGGAAAACUAAUCUUGGGCAUCUUCUAUCAAUACCCUGUGUUGUCCUCCACUCCGGCGCCAGCUCGCUUGCUGCCGCUUUGCAGCAUUUUUUGGUUGUCAAUUUGCCAGAUUUUUUUGUGCAUAGAGGCGAAGAGGAAGGGGCCAAACCAAAAAAGAAAGAGAAACCCCCCCUUUUUGGCCAUCAUUCUCCAAACCACAGCUGCCCCCCCCCCCCCCCCCCCCCCCCCCCCCCCUCCCCCCUGGUUUCGCCAUUUCUGGUCUCUGGUGAUUCCGUCUCAUCUGGGUUCUGGUUGGAAGCUCGUUUUGAUCUCUAAAGGUGCCAUCUUUCCCCCUUCUCUUUCUUCUAAUCUUCCUGGGUUCUUCAUGGGUUCUUGAUAGUUUCCCCCUUCCCCUGUUCUGCUUGACCUUUUAUGCAUCUCUGGUUGAUAUUGAAUCCUCUUUUGCCCUGUUCUUGGAAUAGUUAGAGAAUCAUGUCUCACUUCCUUACUCAAUCGCCCUUCUUCUGAUUUUGAUACUUUCUUCACCCUGCCUCCUGUGUCAUUUAGAAACCCAUUCUAGCAGUGGUCUGUUACUUAAACCCCAGAUCUCAGUACUCUGCCAAAAAAUGGGUAGUAGCGUUUUGAUCUGGAUUUUCUCCGCCUUAACCCUAGCCCUUCUAUGUUCCUCCCAAGAUUUUGUCCCUGCUGACAACCACCUUAUAAACUGUGGAUCCGACUCAGACACCAAGGUCGGCAGCCGCGUAUUUUCCGCCGAUAAAUCCGAUUCAAAGCUGCUCUCCACCCCUAACCAUGUCACCGCCAGUACCUCCACAAAACCCACUCCCGACGAUUCCUCACCUCUCUACCAAACCGCAAGAAUCUUCGACAAGCCUUCCACCUACACAUUCUCAAUCAAUCGACAGGGCCGCCAUUUCAUCCGCCUUCACUUCUACCCUUUCGUCUUCUCCACUUACAACAUGAGCCAAGCCAGCUUCGACGUCUCCACGCCAAACCACGGCCUCCUCAGCAAGUUCACGGUCGAUGGUAUCAAGGUCAAGGAGUUCUCCAUCAAUGUGACAUCAAGCAGCCUCGCCAUCACAUUUGCCCCAUCCGCCAACUCAUUCGCCUAUGUCAACGCCUUGGAAGUGAUGUCUGUACCGGAUAACCUGAUCGAAGAAGGGGCAAUCUCGUACAACCCGAAGGCAGACUUCCCAGGCGUGGUGGAGCAAGCUAUGGAAACAACCUACAGAGUGAACAUGGGCGGGCAGUUGCUCAACUAUGCCAAUGACACAUUGUGGCGUACUUGGGUUCCAGACGACGAGUUCUUGCUCGGUGAGAGUUCUCGGCAGACGAUAAACAAUGUUCGGGCUGUCACGUAUGUCAGUGAUGGCUCGACCGAGGAGGUCGCUCCGAGGAGUGUGUAUGGUACUGCCUCCGAGAUGGCUUCAGCAGGUACUUCUAAUACCAACUUCAAUGUAACGUGGCAGUUCAAUGUGGAUCUUGGGUUUCAGUAUCUCAUGAGGUUCCACUUCUGUGACAUAAGGCAGAAUGGUUCUCUGAAUCAGCUUGUGUUUGAUGUUUAUGUGAACUCAUUGCUGGCUAUUAAGGACUUUGAUAUCAGUUCGACUUCGUCGAAUGUGCUUGGUGCUGCUUACUAUCGAGAUGUGGUCACCCCGUUGAUCUCUGAUAACAUGCUUCGCGUGAGUAUUGGACCGAGUAAUCAGGGUUCAUAUCCUGAUGCGCUUCUGAAUGGGCUCGAGAUUAUGAAGAUGAACAACUCCAUGGGGAGUCUUAGUGGUUCUGCUGCUCUGUCUCCAACAAAACAUGGUUCCAAGAGCAAAGUAUGGGCGAUAAUAGGAGCGAUCGUUGGAUCUGUAAUUGCUGUGUUUUUCGUUGUAUGUCUUCUUCUGACUUUCAGAAGAAGAAGACAGCAGGAGGCCAUGGGGCAUUCCAAGACAUGGAUGCCAAUAUCGAUCAGUGGCCAUUCUCAUACCACUGGCAGCAAAUUCUCAAACGGAACUGCUGCUAGCAACAACCUCCAGUACCGGAUUCCAUUCGUGCAGGUUGCAGAUGCCACAAACAACUUUGAUGAGAGUCGGGUUAUCGGCAUUGGUGGGUUUGGGAAGGUAUACAAGGGAGUCUUGAAUGAUGGUACUGAAGUAGCUUGUAAAAGGGGUAACCCUCGAUCCCAACAGGGGCUCGCAGAGUUCCAGACUGAGAUCGAGAUGCUUUCUCAGUUCCGACACCGGCAUCUCGUUUCCCUCAUAGGUUACUGUGAUGAGAAGAACGAAAUGAUUUUGAUCUACGAGUACAUGCAGAACGGUACGCUCAAGAGUCAUCUCUAUGGGUCGGAGUACCCUAGCUUGGGGUGGAAGGAAAGGCUGGAGGCCUGCAUUGGAGCAGCUAGAGGUCUUCAUUAUCUCCACACUGGCUAUGCCAAGGCAGUUAUUCAUCGCGAUGUGAAGUCUGCCAACAUAUUGCUCGAUGAGAAUCUCAUGGCGAAGGUGGCUGAUUUCGGUCUCUCAAAGACUGGUCCCGAAAUUGACCAGACCCAUGUUAGCACUGCAGUCAAAGGUAGUUUUGGGUACCUCGAUCCGGAGUACUUCAGAAGGCAGCAGCUGACGGAUAAAUCAGAUGUGUAUUCAUUUGGUGUGGUGCUAUUCGAAGUUCUAUGUGCAAGGCCCGUGAUAGAUCCAACUCUGCCUAGAGAAAUGGUGAACUUGGCAGAAUGGGCUAUGAAGUGGCAGAAGAAGGGUCAGCUGGAGCAGAUCAUCGAUUCGUCUCUCGCGGGGAAAAUUAGACCGGAUUCGCUGAGGAAGUUUGGGGAGACGGCCGAGAAAUGCUUGGCUGAGUAUGGUGUAGACAGGCCCUCCAUGGGAGAUGUGCUGUGGAACUUGGAGUAUGCUCUUCAGCUGCAGGAGGCAGUUGUUCCAGGAGAGCCGGAAGAUAACAGCACGAACAUGAUCGGCGAUCUCUCUCCACAGGUCAACAACUUCAACCAAGUUGAUAGCUCGGUGUCUGUGGCGCCAUUUGGAGUGUCGCACAUCGACGACAUCUCGAAUUCUUCGAUGAGCAAGGUGUUCUCCCAGCUGGUCAAGUCCGAGGGGAGAUGAUCAGAGGCUGAGAAGGUUUACAUUGUUGUAUCACUUCUGCAUGCUGAUGAGCAUAUAUGGGAUUUGUUCUGUUUUUUCCUUGUUUUGGUGGUGUUGAUGUGUAUAGUAACUUGCUUCUAGAGAGGGAAGUUAAGCCGGGAAUUGUGUUUUCUGCAUGGUGGAUUGUUUUCACAUUACAUUGAUUCAUCAGAGAGAUAGGCUGUGAAAAAGUAUACAUUUCAAUAUUUGAGUUUUUGCUGUAAGAUUCGUAUCGAGUCUCUGACAAUAGUGCUGGCAGCAUAUGGACUGGUCCGCAAUCUGUGGCCAGAUUGAAGCUCGGAAUCGUCCCUUCAUAUGGCUUAGUUGGUGCCAUUGAUGGCGCCUGGUCAGUAUAUUAAAAGAUCUCUGGAAGUCUCAGUUUGAAAAAAAUUUCCAAGUUAUAUAUGGGCACGUUUGAGUCGUGGCAGGAACUUCUCUCUUUAUUCUUGUGUUUAUUGUUGAUGUGUGGCCAAGGGAUGGGAUUAGGUGCUAACCUUUAUAGGGGUUAGCACCGUGAUAACUGGCAAAAAACGCUACUAAAAAUAACGAAAUCACUACGGAUUAUUAUAAAAUCAAUACAACAUCUAAGCUAAAUCACUACUAAUUCCAACUAGUAGUAGUUUUCCCUUGGUUAGGACGGUGCUGACUAUUGUACAAUUAGCACCGUAGCCGUUCCCGUGGCCAAGGCUGCAUUGAAGGGUUUGAUUCUGUUUUUCAUUUUUAGUAUCGCUGUCCAAUUCAGUUAUCCGUUGAUCGUUUCUACUCUGUUUUGUCUCUUUUUUAAAACGGCUGGGCCUGCCUACUUGCUGGGCAAAGGAAUCGCUGAAUAAGAUGGGCUUUAAGCUUUCAUGUAUGGGCCAUCAGAUCCUUACCUACGGAGGCAUGGUCAACAGUUAACAUAUGGAUUCGUUAAUCGUUAAUGUGUUGACAAGACCGGUCCGAGUUUUAAGUACGAGCUGAUUGUAUAAAAAAAGGAAAAGAGACUGGAUUUGGGUGAAUGAGAGCAGCAGAAUUGCUACCUCAUCUCUUUAGGAUUUUUUAUUUAUAUAGCAUAACCAAACGGCUAAUCAAUCGUGAUUAAACAGAAUUUGAAUCCCAUUAACCCGCUCAAGACACGUGGCUUCAUGGGAUUCGUUAGUACAUAACAAAUCUGUAUAAAACAGAUUAAAGAAUAAAAAUGGUAAAACGACGCCGCAUGGUGAAGUGUUGGCCUAGUUUCAAACUUGUGUUCGCUUCCAUUUUAGUCCAUCGUCCCUGUGUUGUUGACUCCAGUCAAUCAUGGUUGGAUUCGGAUUGUUGUGCAUAACAGCUACUGCUACAGAACUGACAUGUUCCUUCUCUUCCAACAGGCCCCCACAAGAUGGCGAGUAAACAUUGAUUACUCCCAUCUUGCCAAGCAAUUCCAUUAAUCGAAAUCUGCUAACACCUUUAGUGAAAACAUCUGCUAACUGAUCUGAAGUAUGCAGAUAGAACAACUUGUUCAACCCACUCUUGAUCCUUUCCCAUGUAACAUGCAUAUCUAUUUCAAUAUGCUUAGUUCUUUCAUGAAAAAACAUGAUUCUCAGCUAUAUGGAUUGCUGACCUGUUAUCACAAAAGACACUGAUUGGUGUUGCAACUUGUACUCCCAACUCUGAUAAGAGUUCUUUCAGCCACUACACUUCACAAACCAAAUGUGCUAAAGCACGAUACUCUGCCUCUGAUGAAGAUCUAGAGACAGUUGUCUGUUUCUUGAUUUUCCAGGUUAGAAGGGAAUCACCAAUGUAAGUGCAAAAACUAGUUAUGGAUCUCCUGGUGUCAGGGCAUGCUGCCCAGUCUGAGUCACUGUAACCCGUGAUUGAAAAAUCACAUUGCCUUCUGAACAAUAUCCCUUGACCUGGUGAUUUCAUUAAAUACCUUAACACUCUAUAAGCAGCCUGCAUAUGAGUGUCAAGAGGAUUCCUUGAAACUGACCGAGCUGUUGCACAGUAAAAUAUAUGUAUGGUCUUGAGAUAGUUAAGUAAUGCAACCUGCCAAUCAACCUCUUGUAGCAACUUGGAUUCUCCAAUGGUGUUCCUUCCCUAGAAUUCAACUUAACCUUCAUGUCAAUUGGAGUCUGAGUUUCUUUGGCAUCUGCAUAUCCUGUAUCUUGCAAUAGGUCUGAGCAAUACUUUCUUUGAUUCACAACAAUACCUUCAUCAUUUCUCACUAUCUCAAGCCCCAGAAAAUAUUUUAAAGUUCCUAAAUCCUUGAUUUUAAAAGCCUUCUUCAAGUACAGCUUCACCAAUUCCAAGUCAUCAAGUCUCUCCCUAACAAGGAUUAUGUCAUCGACAUAAACAAGCAAAACAACACUUCUUCCUUGUACCUUCUUUGUAAACAUGGAGUAAUCUGACAUCGAUUGUGAGAAACCAUUAUUCAGGAGAGAGUUAGUUAGCUUAGCAAAUCAUUGUCUGCUAGCUUGCUUCAAACCAUAUAGGGACUUUCUAAGUUUGCAGACCUUGCCUUCACUUCCUGGAAGACCAGGAGGAGGUUCCAUGUACACCUCCUCAUCAAGGUCUCCAUGUAAGAAUGCAUUGGAGACAUCCAUCUAAUGCAAAAUCCAAUCCUUAGCUGCUGCAACUGCCAAUAAGUUAUUGACAGUGUUAAUCUUGGCAACUGGUGAGACAGUAUCCAAAAGGUCAAUGGCAUAAAUUUGUGUAAACCCUUUGGCAACAAUCCUUUCUUUGUGUCUCUCAAGUUGGCCAUAGGUUUACGCUUAGUUUUGUACACCCAUUUAGAGCCUAUGGCUCUUUUACCAGGUGGUAACUCAACCAGAUCCCAUGUAUGGUUUGCAAUCAAUGCAUCUGACUCUUCUUCCAUUGCUCUGACCCAGUGAUGUUCUUUGACAGCCUCUUGAUAAGUUUGUGGAUCCAUAAGUGUUGUAAGACUCAUUGCAUACUAUUUCUGUUGAGGAGUAAAAUUAUGGUAGAAAUGUAGUUGGCCAUAUAGUACUGACUAACUUGAUUUAUUGCAGUAACAUAAUCUUUGUGCCAUACAGGUGGCUUCCUGUUCCUAGGAGGCAACUCAUUAUCAUCAAGAUCAUCACCUGGUGGUAACUCAUCUUCAGGUUCCUGAUAAUCAGGCUAAAAAACAUCAUUGAAUUCUUCUUCAGAAUCAUGUGGAGCUUAUGAUGUAGAGGGUAGUUCAGGAGAUCAAGAAAUAUGACCAGUAGCGGGGGAUUUCUGAUGUUCUGAACUAAAAAGGGUCCUUGCAUCAUCUCUGAUGAUGGGAGAAGGUGUAGAAGGAGGAGACUGGCCCCCAUGAGCCUGGGGAUCAGAAACAGGUGUAAAAUGGAUAACUGGUAUAUCAGGGAAAGAAAUAUCUUCUUUAUCUGCAGGUUUAUCAACUUGACCAUGGAAAGGGAGAAUGUCAUCAUGGAAAGUGACAUCUCUAGAAAUGAAUACUUCAUGAGUAU